UCUUGCUCUCUGGCUGCCAUGGUUACCGACUUCACAUUAUGCAGUUGCCAUGGUGACAAUGAUCAGCUGAUCGGUGUCUUUCUUUUUUUUGAUCUGUCAUCAAUAAACCCGUCGGUGACGUCAUUCUAUUUCCUUUUUGUGCGGGAAGUCGAUGACAGAGAAGCUGCUGAUCAGGCGGAUCAGUGUCUGCUCUGCAUCCUUCCUCUUCCUCCUCUUCUCUCCUCCUCCUCUUCUCUUCUCUCCUCCUCCUCCUCUUCCUCCGCAGCGAUGCUUCCUUCAGCCUGACGGGCCUCGGUGCUCUGUGAGCGGCCGGACUCUCGGUCAUGGUCCAGAAAUCCCGCAACGGCGGCAUGUUCCCCGCAGCGCAGACCGACCAGAAGAAGCUGAAGGUCGGCUUCGUGGGUCUGGAGGCCGGAGGCAGCGAGUCCAGAGACGGAGCUCUGCUCAUAUCAGGUGCGGAGGACGGACCUCGGCGGCAGCGCAGCAGCGUCUCCGGGGGAAAGAAACCUCCGAAACGAAAUGCUCUCUACAGACGACUGCAGAACUUCCUGUACAACGUCCUGGAGAGGCCUCGAGGAUGGGCCUUCAUCUACCACGCCUACGUGUUCCUGCUGGUGUUCUCCUGUCUGGUUCUGUCUGUGUUCUCCACCAUCAAAGAGUACGAGAAGAGUUCAGAGGACGCUCUCUACAUCCUGGAAGUGGUGACCAUCGUGGUGUUCGGGGUGGAGUACAUGGUGAGGAUCUGGGCUGCAGGUUGUUGUUGUCGGUUCAGAGGAUGGAGAGGACGACUCAAGUUCGCCAGAAAACCCUUUUGUGUCAUCGAUGUUAUGGUGUUGAUAGCAUCCAUCUCCGUCUUGGCGGCGGGGACUCAGGGGAACGUCUUUGCAACAUCAGCAAUUCGUUCUCUUCGGUUCCUUCAGAUCCUGAGGAUGAUCCGUAUGGACCGACGAGGAGGAACCUGGAAACUGCUUGGAUCAGUGGUGUACGCCCACAGCAAGGAGUUGAUCACAGCCUGGUACAUCGGCUUCCUGUGUCUCAUUCUGGCCAGUUUCCUCGUUUAUUUGGCAGAAAAAGAAGAUAACGAACAGUUUGAGACGUAUGCUGACGCCCUCUGGUGGGGACUGAUCACAUUGACAACCAUCGGUUAUGGAGAUAAGUUCCCCAUCACCUGGAAUGGACGUCUCCUGGCUGCGACCUUCACUCUGAUCGGAGUAUCUUUCUUUGCUCUGCCCGCUGGGAUCCUGGGUUCCGGUUUUGCUCUGAAGGUCCAGGAGCAGCACCGACAAAAACACUUUGAGAAGAGACGAAACCCAGCAGCCGGACUCAUCCAGGCGGCGUGGAGAGUUUACGCCACAAAUCUGAGCCGAACUGAUCUGUCUUCCACCUGGGACUAUUACGAGAGGACGGUGUCUGUCCCCAUGUACAGGUUGAUUCCUCCUCUCAAUCAGUUGGAUUUACUGAGGAACCUCAAGAACAAAUCAGGACUCUCAUUCAGGAAGGACGUCCAGCCUGAACCAUCUCCCAGUCAGAAGGUCAGUCUGAAGGAGAGGGUCUUCUCGUCCCCCCGCAGCUCAGGAACCAAAGGGAAAGGUUCCCCCCAGCAUGUGGUUCCUACAGUCGGCCCCGGUGUUGCUCCUAGUGUGGGUCCUAGUCCUGGUGGGGCUCCUGGAGUUCCUGGAGGUCCUGGUGGUCCAGGGGGGAUCCAGGCCCUGCGACGGUCCCCCAGCAUGGAGCCUUGUCUGGAGGAGAGUCCCAGCAAGGUUCCAAAGAGUUGGAGCUUCGGAGAACGCAGCAGAACCCGACAGGCCUUCAGGAUCCGAGGAGCUGCUUCACGCCAAAACUCUGAAGUGCUCAUUGAGAUGCAGGAUGAAGAGUUCAGACAGAAGAGCUCCCCAGACGCCAGCCUGCCAGGAGAAGACAUGGCUGACGACAACAAGAGCUGCCACUGUGAGUUUGUCCCCCAGGAUCUGACCCCGGGGUUAAAGGUCACCAUCAGAGCCAUCUGCAUCAUGCGUUUCAUGGUGUCUAAGAGGAAGUUUAAGGAGAGUCUCCGUCCAUAUGACGUCAUGGAUGUGAUCGAACAGUAUUCAGCCGGUCACCUGGACAUGCUUGCCCGCAUCAAGAACCUCCAGUCCAGAGUGGAUCAGAUUGUUGGCAGAGGAACACCAACUGCAGACAAAGACCGUCCCAAAGCAGCCAAUGAGGAGCUUCCUGAGGAUCCAAGCAUGAUGGGACGGUUGGGGAAGGUGGAGAAGCAGGUGCUGUCCAUGGAGAGAAAGUUGGACUUCCUGGUGAACAUCUACAUCCAGCGAAUGGGAAUCCCUCAGGCUGAGACCGACGCCUACUUUGGAUCCAAGGAGCCAGACCCAGCUCCGCCCUACCACAGUCCAGUGGAUCAGCUGGAGAAGAGCCAGUCUGUCCCCAAGACCCUGCAGGUGUUGCCUAGCGACCAAGUGGAGAAGACUCAUCAUGUGACCAAGAUGGUUCGCUCCAGCAGCUCCACGGGUCACAGAAACUACAAAACCCCCACAUGCCCUCCCUCCACCUCCUGGCAGCCAAUCAGCUCCCAACUCCCUCAACAUGCCCCACCCCCUCAUCAGCGUAGCCACGGCAACACACCAAGUCCGGUGGGAGGCGGGUCACUGGUUCGACUCCCACCUCCUCCGGCCGGAGAGAGACAUGGAGGGAAGCGGUCGAACCGGCAAAGCACGGGAGAGCGAGGAGGGGCAGAGAGGGCAGGGGAGGGGAUCAAUGGGACGAGGGGGAGGGGAGGGGAGGAGGUGAAGCUGGAAAGUGAUACGUCCGUCUCCAUCCCGUCCGUCGACCACGAGGAGCUGGAACGUUCCUUCAGUGGGUUCUCCAUCUCUCAGUCCAGAGAGAACCUGGACUUCCUCAACAACAGCUUCUACUCCUCCAACCUGGACCGGCGAGGAGGUGGAGGCUCCGCCCUCCGCCCCUACAUUGCUGAGGGCGAGUCAGACUCCGACUCUGAGCUCUGUGCCCCGUCACCACACUCGGACCAGGCCUAGACCGGAACCAGGUGGAGCUGAAGGUGAACCAGGGAAGAACCAGCAGAAAACUAAAGAGCCUCGAAAAUGUGAAUGAAACGUCAGAGACGAGACAUUAACACCAGCUGAGAGUGAAGCAUCAUGGGAAAAGAAGACGUCAGUGUUUUCAUUUGUUCAGCAAGUGUUUUUUCUUUCACUGAUUGGUUCACUGCUGUGACAUCUUAAGACCCAUAUUAACUAUAAUCAGAAGAUUAUCGAUCAAUUUAUUUGUUCAAUUUUAAAACUUUUACGCUGGAAGUCAACAAUAUCUGACACAUCACCAUGACAACAGACUGUUGUUGACUUCCAGUGUAAAAGAACUCAAACAUGUUCAGUGAUUGUUAUAUUUUAUUUAUUUUGAAUUCAGUCAAAGAUUCAUAAAAAUGUUCUCGUCACUGUGACAUCUUGUUUUCUAACAUCAUGGAUUUGUCGUACAGUAUAAACCUGGCUCGUUCUCGCCCAUCACACGAUGGUCCUGGUUACGGUUGCUAAGCUGUCAGUGGACAGUCAGGGGGAGGGGCUUUAAAUGAUGGUGAUGUAUGUGAACGUAAGGGAUCAAGACAAAUCAUGUCAUAAAAACAUGUAAACAAUGUAAUCAUUGUUUUAGUAUCGUUAAUCUCAACAGGAACGUUUAUAUAAUAUUGAAAAUGUUUGAGUCAGUUAUUGAAUCUGUCCAGCAGGGGGCAAUCAGCGUGAUCAGUCGCUUACAGGAAGCUGAUAAUAUAAGCUUACCAAAAUAAAAUUCUAAUGUAUUUAACUUCCUGAGCUCAGGGUGAAGAGUGGAAACAAUUUGUCCUGGGGGGGGCGCUACAGGUGUAAUUAAUCUAUCCCCUGAAACAGCAGCUCUCCUUUGAUUGGCAGAUGGAAGUGACUCGCUAUUCACUGACCUGCUUUAUGCUCAUUAAUAUGAAUGUAGAACACUUUAUUUACUGUUUCCAUGGAAACAUUUCAUCACUACCGUUAAAGAAGACACUUUUCUAGUUUUUACAGAAAAACUUUUUUUUAUUUUCUGGUUCAAACGUCACGAUAUUAUCUCAAGUUGUUUUAAUGAUUGAAAACUAUUUCAUUUUCUUAAAUUGUUCUCGUUUGUUAAAAUGUUUGAAAAACAAUAAAAACAAUAACCACAAAAAA